GGAGGAUAUGUUCUUUUACGUUUUAGACAACUUGUUUCACUCUAACCUUCGCCUUAUCUUACACCCGAGCUUAUGAUCCAUUAUCUUGAGAGAACCAAAUUUGUCACAUGAUAAAGAUUUAUUAUGACGAAGUUCAAACGCAGUGCGCAAUCACAGCCAAAGCAUGGGAAACCAUCGGUCAGUGGUGCAUCCAAGGCACCAAUUGCACCACCAAUAAACCGUCCGGGAUGGACUGGACCAGGUUAUAUACGGAAAGCAGCGAAACAGACGCCUGCCGCAGUGAAGGAGAAAGUCUCGAUAGAACAGAUCCAGUAUCUAGCUGUGGAACAUCAGCAGCUCAUUCUUGACACAAUCAGAACUACAUUUCCUGCUGUCGAGGAUUUCAAUGCAUUGAUACCAGUAUUAACGGCAGUCAGAGAAGCCCUCGAACAAAAAGACUACACCAAGACAUUCGGGACUGAAGAGUUUUUGGAAGCAUACACAAUCCGUUGGAGCCCUAGUCACGCGCUGACGAUUGCAAAUGUGUUGGCUUGGGUAUGCAGUGAAAUGGGAGAGGCUGUCUGGGUCCAACAGUUCCUUCAAAAUGGUGGACAAAAGUCAUCGAAGAUUGUGUGCAUUGGCAAAGGAGGAUCGGAUUUAUUGGCAUGUGUGGCAUUGCUAAAACACUGUCAUGAAAGCAAAAUCGAGAAACUUCCCGAGCUAGAAUCAUCUCCUUCUGAUGCGACACCGCAAGACGAUAUCUCAGUCCCUUCCUCACACCCUAGCGCUGUUGACAAGGAUAGUGCUAUGAUUGAUCUCAACCUCGUCUAUAAACACGAUUGGUCUGAGAUUGUCACCAGACUACAUCAUACUCUCACACAUCCUCCUCCGCUGUCGAAACAUGCGACCGCCAAAGCGCGCGCUUCCAAUAUCUCGGUCAUCCCAUCUCACGCCAUCAAUCUAGCAGCCAAUCACCUCGACAUCCUCGAUAGCGCAAGUGCAGAUCUGUGUACGAUGAUUGGGCCCGACCCAGCACUGAUUACUCUAUUCUUUACGCUCCAAGAAUUCUACUCAAUCUCAAUAUCGAAAACCACAGGCUUUUUAUCGAGAUUAACUUCGGCAGCACCUAAGGGAAGUCUGUUGCUUAUUGUAAAUAGUCCCGGGGCUGAUGUCUCGCUACCUGAUAGGAACAACAAAGGACAAGAAAAGAAAUAUCCGCUCGAGUGGCUAUUUUACCAAGCUCUGACACCGCCCAAGAGCAAGUCUUCCUCUGAAACUAGUUCAGAAGACGCGGAGCAGCCAGCAUGGGAAAAACUUAUUGAAAAUGGCCAUGAGAAGGAGUACAAGCUACCAGCAAAACUAGAAUUUCCAGGAAGUCUGGAGAAUACCAGGUUCCAAGUGCAUCUGCUAGAGCGUUUGUGAGGGGGCGUUUUAUACGAUGUGGAACAGGAGCAUGAUAGGGAGUUUACCGUAUUUACAGAACCACUGGCAACAUGGUAUGGGACUGAUAAUACCGGAAUUAUUUGUAUUUUCUAUUUUAAUAUGGAAAAGAUGUGGAGAAAAAUUGAGAUGCAUAGCGUACUGUCACGAUAGUCUACAGUAGCAACUUGCCAUGUAUAUUCCUGUCGUAACGUUGUACCAAGGGAUAUUGACUGUUAACGCUGGUCACAAUUACAAAGCAGGCGAUGGUGCAAUUCUUUUUAUAAAUCAAAUAAAUAGAUAUG